ACAGCUCCCAGAUCUUAGCAGCAGUUUUCAAUACAUGUGUGAAUUUAACUCUUAUGAGCCGGUCUCUGCUACAACUACCGGUAAUACUGUUACCUGUAUAUCUCCUCCUGAAAACGGCCUACCUUCAAUUCCAGAUGGAAUGUACUUUUUGAACCUGCCUCUGUCUGUUGUCUCAACUGAAACGAGUGUCAACUUUGUGACCAAAGAUUUCUUCUUCUUUGACUGCAGUCUCAUUAAAUCAUGUUCAUCUUGUGUUACGGCCCGCUUCCCAUGUGACUGGUGUGUUUAUGACAACAAGUGUACAGAUGAUAGCCGCACAUGUCAGACAGGAGAUACAGUCAUUACUGGAGUUAAUAAUACUGAUGGUUCUGGAAACAAAGGACAGGGUUUUGCCCUCAGCUGCUCGGAGCAACAGAAUCAUUUCUCAUACCAGUCAGUAUUUCUUCUGGCUUCUCACUAUCUGCAAAGAACCUUCCUAUAGAUCAGUUAAAGGGCCCAAUAACAUAUGAGUGCAUCCUUGACAUUGAAGGAGAAGAAGUGAGAGUACCCAGUACCACUUUUAAUGAAACCUACAUUCUCUGCAAUGAUACAAGGUACAUGUACAAUGGAAAUUUUCUUGAGAAGAAUGUCAGUGUCUCUGUACAGUGGAAUGGACAGAACAGCAUAGAUGACCUGUCAGAAACGCAUGUCACCCUUUACAAGUGUUCAGUUAACAGUGGAAGUUGCAGUCGAUGCCUUUCCCGAGAUGCAACUCCAUCCAUCUUGAAGUGUGGUUGGUGUGGUGAUGACUGCAAUGUCAUUCAAAGUGAAGUUUGUCAGAACAACCUGUUUCUCCAUCAGAAUGAGACGCAGAAAUGUUCAGCACCAGUUAUCACUGAUUUUAACCCCUUGUCAGGGCCUAUCAAUGGCCAUACAAGAUUAGAAAUCAUCGGAACCGACAUUGGAGUGGUAUUUGAUGAUGUACUUCAAAUUCUUAUUCAAGAUUUGGAGUGCGAUUUGAACAACAUGGUCGAAUAUUACCAGCCAGGACAGAGUGUAAGUUGUAUGACAGCGAUAUCUACUGAAGUAAUAUCGGGAGGCAUUGAAAUCACGGUGGCGUCAGGGGAAGGAAAUAAGACAGGACAGAGCACUAAGAAAUUUCAGUAUAGGGAUCCUGUGAUCACAGGGUUUAGUCCUAGAGAAGGACCCAUGGCAGGGGGUACAAAUAUCACUAUCGAUGGCAUGUACUUGGACACUGGAAGGGACAUUACUGCAAGAUUCAGAGAUGCAGAUUGCCUAGAGAUUUCUGUUCAAGAUGAAAUCGCAACCUGCAUCACAAGCAGCAUACCGGAGAAUGCACAGGAUUCCGUAACCCUGGCCAUGACAUUUGAUGGAGAAGAGAGACAAUUCAGCGGUUACGACUUCACCUACAUGCCAAAUCCAGAGAUUGAAGAUAUUGAUAGGACAACAUCUAUCAUGUCAGGAGGUCUUGAUAUCACACUAACUGGCGUUAGAUUUGAUCUGAUCCAAGAACCCAGGAUUGUUGUUAGUUCUCUCACAACUGAUGCUAGCAAAUCUGAUCUCUGCAAUGGAACAGAAACCAUUCUCACAUGUCCAACACCAAAUUUUCCUGAUGAUGCUAUCCCUGCUAGAAGAAGACGAGCAACAGAUGAUGCAAUGAUUGCGAAUUUAUCCUUUGACUUUGAUGGAUAUGUGAUUGAUCGAGGCACAAUUGAAUAUUUCCCAGACCCUGUGUAUGUAAACUUCAGUGGGAACAGCAGAAUUUAUAAGAGUGCUAAUAAACGACUCGAGAUUACAGGAAUGGAUUUAACCUUGGCAAGUACAGAAGACGAUGUACUAGUUUUGUUAGGACCUGAUGGAGAAUGCACUGUUGAUGAUCUUGGAAUGAAUGUCCUGCGUUGUCAGUUACCAGAUGACCAGCCUCAAGCAGGAAGCUUGAAUGGAACACUAGGUCAGGGAGAUGCAAAGAAUCUUCCAGCUGUGACAGUGAAGCAUGGAAAUCUUUGGUUUUACCCUGGAUUUGUUCAAUAUUCAACCACUACUGAACCCUCGAUUGGGCUCAUAGUUGGACCUACUGUUGGUGCUCUAGUGGUAAUCAUCAUUGUCAUGGGUCUUGCUGGAAGGUUCUUGGUCAAACGUAGACAGAAAGCUAUUGAUCAACAGGUGGAUGAGUUGGAACUUCUUGAAAAAAAGAUUCAGAAUCGUGCAGAAGAAGCUUACCACAACUUGCAGGUUGACAUGACAGAAGUUGAAAACCAGGUGAAAGGUCUUGGUAUUCCGUUUGUAAACACCCAGGACUAUGCCCGAAACAUGCUCUUCUCAGGUCUGGAUAUCCUCCCUGCUACCGCUGAUCCAGAGUACUUGGAUGCAGAUCUAGAGCGAGCAAUGAUCACAUUCUCGAGACAGCUGAAUAACCCUGACUUCCUCGUCAAGUACAUUCAAGAGUUGGAAGAGAGGAGGAAAUCUCAGAGGAGAGACCGAGUCAACAUCGCAUCACUUAUUACAGUUAUUCUGGUAUCAGAAGGGAACUUUGACUACUUCACUGAGAUCCUCAAAAGAUUAUUGGAAGAUCAGAUCAGUGAUGCAUCAGAUACUGGAAGACAACUCAAGUCUCUCUUCCGAAGAACUGAAACAAUUGUUGAAAAGCUGCUGGCCAACUGGUUUUCUCUCUGCAUGUACCAUUAUCUUAAGAAACAUGUUGCCAAGUCACUGUACCUGUUAUACCAAUCUAUCAAGAUUCAAGUUGAGAAGGGACCCAUUGAUAUCAUCACUGGACAGUCUUACUUCUCACUCAACUUUGAUUGUCUCAUAGAGGAGGAUGUUCCUUAUGAAGAAAUGUCGUUGUCUGUAGUUGGUGCUGAUGGGCAGCAUGAGUACUAUGUUACUGUCCUCAGCUCUGACUGCAUCUCUCAAACUAAGCAGAAGAUACUGGAUGCAGCUUACAGAAGACAGCAUUUUGUCAAGCAGAGUAGAGCUCAUGAGUUGGAUCUCUUGUGGUACCAUCCUGGUGGAGAGCAGAGGAUCUUACGUGAUCAAGAUGAAUACAACACACCAACAGAUACAUCUAUGGCUGUACAAGUAAAUACACUCAGGAGUGUCGGGGUGACAACUGAUUGUCGGAUGGCGAUGAUCAAUAAAGUUGGUAAUCUUGAAGGCCAUACUGGAAGCUAUACACCAGUCUCACCUGGAGCAAAGUCGUUCUACAUUUAUGAGCAGCAAGGAAAUACUGAUGUGAGAGAUAGAGACUACACUAGGAUACAGACACAGAGAGAAGGCUUCCAACACUGUCAUCUGCUUCCAGAAGAUCACCUGCAGGCCAAUGGUGAUCCAUCAAAGACCAAGCUAGAUAAGGAAUUCUCAGCGCCACAUUUGCUAGUUACAAAGAAAACCAUUGAGCCAUUCCUGAACCAGUUCCUGGCAGCAGUGUUUGAGAAUCCAGACCUUACACCUGUUACCAUUAAGAAUUUCUUUGAUUUCUACGAUGGAAUGGCUUCUAAAUACUGCCCUAAUCACCCACAAGACUAUUCGGAAGCCUGGAAGAGUAACAGCCUUCCUCAGCAUUACUGGGUAACCACUCUGACUCACCCAUCGUACAUCUUUGACAUGCGUCAAUCACGUUCUGCUGAUCAGAGCGUGUCUGUCCUGGCUAACAUGCUUGACAAUGCCUGUAAGAAGAUCAUCCCAGAAAAAAAUCAAGACUCGUCCCUGAAUCGAGUGUUGUUUGUCAAGGAUCUACCAAGGUACAUCAGAACUAUCAGUGAUUACUAUAAGAACCUGGCUUCCCGUCCAGAACCAACACAUAUCGAGCUGCAGGGAGAAUUCAAUAGGCUUGGACAGGAAUUCUCUGGUCUUUUCAGCCGUGUUGGAACCCUGAAAUUGCUCUAUGACUUCACCCAUCACGACACUGCCGGCUUACUUGAUUCAAUCACAGAGAUGAUGUGAGCAGAACCAUAUGCAGCUUAUUUCAAGUGUUCAGCUGCUGUUGUUCAUCACUUGUAUUAACACACAAAAAGUGAGCUAAAUGGAAAAAUGCCUAUAAGGCACGAUUUUGAUAAUACAUGUAUAUAUGGAUUAUCUCAUUUGAAAAGGGGCAUGCUUUUUCCCUUUGACAAAUCUUACCAAGAAAAAAAUAUUUAAAUUCCAGAUUUUUCGCAUUAUUGCUUUGAUGUUUUGAUGUAAACAUUUAUUCAUUUUUAUAUAUUUGUUCUCAUUUGCUAUGUUUUUUCUCUCU